AUGGGGAAGAAAGGAGUGCCGGAGUGGUUGAACAGUUCCCUGUGGUCCUCCGGUCCUUCCUCCACCAGUGUCACCGGUGAUCAGCACAUCGCCCGGUACGCUGCCAAACCUUCACCGGAGAUUCCAAAACCCGAGGCGCCUGCACGCCUAGCGCCGCCUCCUCUUCCCGUAAUCCCGUCGACGCCGCCGGUGCCUCCCCCUCGUUUGGAGCCACCCGCGGAGGUGCCCAGGUCAGAGAUUAGGGAUGUUGGAUCUGAACCCAGCCCUUCCCGUUUCUCGCAGGAGGACGUUUCGCGUCAAUCCCAGCUCUUGGCGGAGGUGGUGGAAAUUUUUUAGCCCAUUGCUUUUUGUGAUUUAUUCCUCUCAGCGAUAGUUAAGAAUUUAAUUGUGCGUAUUAUUUUCUUAACAGCUUUCGAAGAAGGUCGUGAAUCUUGUGGAGCUUCGAAGAUUAGCAACACAAGGAAUACCGGAUGGUGCUGGAAUACGUCCCACUGUGUGGAAGGUACCAGUCUCCUUUUUCUGGAUUAUUUGACCCUACUUGAAAGCUAUUAGAGUGGGAAUUCUUCAAACUUUUGCCUCAAGUGAGAUCAUUUUAUUCGAAAUUGGGAAAUGAAACGGCAAUUCAGCAGAGUUUCCUUGACUUUAGAACUUCAAGCACUUGUAGUUAUGAUAAUGGAGGGUUGCAUCCCAUCCAUAGGGUCUCGCUUGUCACUUUUAGUUGAUGCCUCAUCUUAAUAUGAUUGAAUUACUCGGGAUUAUUUUUUUAACUUUUUACUUUUCAUCUGAUGAUAUUUUUAGGCUUAUUCGCAUUUGGUAAAUAACCAACAUUUUUAUUUUUAUUUUUCACCAUGAUUGGUUGAAAAUAUGCUAUCAGAAAUAGUAUUCCCCAUACUGACAAAAUGCCAUUGUUACGAGAGAUAAACACAAAAAAUUAUAUUUGGAAGAUAAAUUCUUUUUGGUAGGCUAAGAAUUGUAGAUUUAACAUGGGAUUUUAUCCUACAGCUUCUUUUGGGAUAUUUGCCCAAUGAUCGGGGAUUGUGGGCAUCUGAAUUGGCCAAGAAGAGGUCUCAAUACAAGGCUUUUAAAGAUGAGCUUUUGGUUAAUCCUGUAAGUCAUCCAAGUGCUUUGGUAACUCUAGGUCAUUUCACCUUAGAAUAUGUGCUAAUUAAUCGCUUUAAAUUGAUUUUCUUACUGAAUUAUUUUAAAUUUAUUUGUCGACGUUAUUUUUUUGUUAUAUAUCCGAACUCUUUUGGGGAUUCUGUAUAUAUCGUUAGUAGUCAGAAGUUACGUGGAGGAUGGAUGAAUCUGCUGGCCUUAUUGCGACGGAAGUGGCUUUCAGGUAAGUCCAAGCACCCUUUAGCCUAGUGUGUGGAACCAGUUUUUUCAGGUAAUAUUUAAGAAGUAUUUAUUACAGUCUAUGAUGUGAAGAAAUCUGCACAGUCUUUUACGUUUAAUAUUGUUUUUUAGAAUGUAACUCGUGCUCUUUCAUGAGUGGUAGUUUCCCAAAUAUACGGAUCUGAAAUUUAAACGAAAAGCCAAUGCUUUUCCAUGAAAAUUAGAUUAGAAUAUGCACUUUGACAACGUAUGUCGUUGAAAAUUAGACCUCAAUUUGCAGUUCCAUAAGACCAUUUGAUGAUCAGUAAUGAAGGUUAGGUCCUGAGAGAGUUUGUUAGCUGAGGAAGUUCGAAUGUCAUGUGUAUGCUAUGUAUCCAGUAUUGUUCUGUAGAUUGUGUAAUCAUGAACCACCGCUACCAGUUAUUUUCGUUCUGUAUGCCUUCAAGAGUAUGAAGCCAAUUCCUGCAUGGUUCAGGGUCUGGGAAGAGACGCAUGUCUCUGAACUACCAAACAUUUAAGACUUGAAUUUCGAUUCAAAAGUAGCAGUUCCUGGUUACAUGUCUGUGAACGUCUAUUUAAUUUUUAGACUCGCGUACAUAAUGUUUUCCUUAUUCACUGUCAGGAUUCAGAGAUCAUUGAGCAGAUUGAUCGAGAUGUCAAGCGCACGCAUCCAGAUAUGCAUUUUUUUUCCGGGGAUUCUUCCUUUGCAAAGUCUAAUCAAGUAAGAAUUUAUCAUUCUCAGGCGAUAGUGGCGCUAAGAUGAGCUUGCCAUUUCAUUAGCUGUAGUGCUCACUCCAAAUGUUUUUUUUAUAUUAUAGGAGGCUGUAAGGCGAAUCCUCAUUAUCUUUGCAAAACUAAAUCCAGGCAUUAGAUACGUACAGGGAAUGAAUGAAGUUUUGGCACCUUUGUUCUAUGUAUUCAGGAAUGACCCGGACGAGGAUAAUGCCGUGAGUAAAGAUUAGCAGUUUAUUUUCUGUUUUGGUUGAUGUCUUCCGUGAACUGUGGUUUAAUCCUGGGAAAUUGUAGAAUAUUGUUAUUUUUCCAUGAGCGCUGAUGGUUGAAAACGUAGAGCAUUUUUUCAAUCAAAAAAAUUAUAGUCAACGAGAAUUAAAUGGGUAUGUUUUCUACUUGAGAGUAGACUUGCAUAUUUGUAUGCCAUAAAAAUUUAUUUCUUUUGUACGUUCCUGCAUAGUGGAAUUUGAUGGUUUAGGCAUUAUUCACCACUAGUCUACAAGUGAAGGAGAUUAAGAUUAUACCCAGGAAACCAGUGACAAAUAGUGAGGUUAUUCUUAUUUCUCUCAGGAGUUGAAUGUAUGAAUCCACUAUCUUAACGUUGAAAAAUCUAAUAUCUGUCUUAUACUAGUUAAAAGAAAUCGUCGAAAUUUCUUAUUGUGUCAAUUAGUUGGACCCAUCCAUGAUUUUGCACUCAUCCUCGGAUAUGGAGUGAAUAAUAGGGAAACAUUUUCCAAUAUGGCUAAACGGCAAUGAUGAAAAUGAAAGAGAAAUCCUUCUUUUACAAUGUCCCUUUGCUUUUCGAUGAUCUGUAAUUGAGGCCUGUCAUCUUCAUGCUUCGUUUAAUCCCCCAGUUAAUCAAAGGCCAUAUUCUUCCGCUUAUUGUCUUCUUCUUAUCUUGUUGGUAUAUUUUGAGAUAUUUUCUUAAAAUUUCGGCUUUUAUGAAAAAUUUGGGCAAUUCAUUAUUUUCGUGUGAAGAAUGUUUGAAUGUUAUCUUUGAAUCUCGCUAACUUGUUGGCGCACAUCAUUUAGUUCCUCUUACCACUACUUCCAAGAAUAUCAGGAAGAGCUGGAUUUAAUCCAAUCGCCGGAAUUCACUGUCCGCUGUCCAGAUUGUCAUGCUUUGCUAAUUGUUUUCGGACAGUGAAUAUCAGUAUUUGCAUGCCAUUUCCUUCAUACCGGAGAAAACCUAAAUCACUGAGGUUGAUUAAAGACUUUUAGAACUUAUAUACAAUGCGAUCAUUCUUCUCUUCUUUGCAGGCAUCAGCUGAAGCAGACACCUUUUUUUGCUUUGUUGAGGUUUUGAGUGGGUUCAGAGACAACUUCUGCCAACAACUCGACAACAGUGUCGUGGGCAUUCGCUCAACCAUCACAAAGUUGUCGCAGCUUCUGAGGAAACACGAUGAAGAGCUUUGGCGCCAUCUGGAGGUCACAACAAAAGUAAGAACUCUGAUGAGGCACUCUCAACACCAGUCUUCUAUUAAUGGCUUUAACAGGAUUCAAACCCAUGUAGCCAUUGUUUUCUUCCAUCUUUGUGUCGCCUGUUCUUCAUUUCCGUUGGAUUUUUUAAUACUAUAUACGAGAUUAUCUACAUACCCAUCAGCUAUAAUAUAUAUGUAUAUACAUGUUUUGUAUUACCAAAAAAUUCGGUUGUAUUACUUAAAUCUCUGAGCAUGAUUAUCUGUUCAUAUCCAGAUCAACCCCCAGUUCUACGCAUUCAGAUGGAUAACACUGCUGCUGACCCAAGAAUUCAACUUUGCCGACUGCCUUCAUAUCUGGGACACGCUUCUGAGUGAUCCCGAGGGUCCUCAGGUCCGUAGUAUCCUGGCACCCCGUUUUUCAGCAAUGCCCCAGAAAUCUUGGGUUUUUUUUUUUUUUUUUUUGUUGAGAUAAUAUGAUAACAUGAUCUUGAUGCAGGAGACCCUGCUUAGAGUUUGCUGCGCGAUGCUGAUUCUCCUCCGGCGGCGGCUCUUGGCGGGCGACUUCACAUCGAAUCUGAAGCUCCUCCAGAAUUACCCGCCCCCCAACAUCAGCCACCUCCUGUACGUCGCCAACAAGCUGCGAGGGACGCUGACCGGAUGA